GUCAAUUUAAAAUGAAUUUAUUCAAAAUUUUUUAGUUUUUUAAUAAUGUAUCAUGAAAAACGUGCUUGCCACCCAUAUUGUAAACCACCGGAUAAACGAGACUUCCAAAGUUAUAACCCAGAGAAGUCUUUUGAGGAUUUUUAUCGCAAUUAUGAUCCGAUGGUUGGUAUAGGCACUGCAGCUAUACUUUUGUCUAUAAUCUUCUUAAUUAGUGUAAAAUCGUUUAUAAGGUGGAUAAUUAGGAAUUGGGAGAGCAGAAAAUAUGCAAAAAGUUUUGCAGAAAAGGUUGAAAAAAGAGUGAGUUUUGUUGAAAAUAAAACAAGGAUGAGUGUUAGAAGGUUGGAAAGGAUUUCUUCAAAGAAAAAUUCCACUAAAUUUAUUGAGACGAUACAAAAAUAA